CACAACCCAGGUGCCAGAACAUUCCUAAAACAAUGAAAAAUGACGAUGCUAAUUAUUUUUCCUUUCCUUAUUUCCUGCUUUGCGCCGGACUCCAGUAGCAAAGUGUAGAAAGUUGAUGAAGGGACGAGGAGGGAAUUAAAAGAAAAACGAAGCAAACCAACACGAGGCUUGUAGAAGUGUGGGGAGCAAUUAUAAAUCGCCAUCCCUGCUUCUGGUAACCAAGAAGAAAGAACACGAUUUUCGUAGCAUUUCAAUCAAAGGUCUUAUGAUUCAGCCCGGAAUUCCAACUGAUCGAGAAGACUCCAAUUUCAGAGAGUGAUCAGUUGUUCACUCGGUUAUCAAUUAUCGCUUCUCUGCUCUCGCUCGGAGGCUAGGGUUCUGGCGCAGUUCCUCUUCCGUAAAUGGACGAUUGCGGGUUUCACGACGGCAAUUUCCAUAAUUUGCUGGAGAGCAGAUGCUUGGACGUUCGACAUGACAAUGCUCGUGAGUUUCAGAUGCAUUCAUCAUUGAUUCGGAGGCUCUCACAGGAUGGAGAAAUGGAAGGGCAUCAGGGUUGUGUCAAUGCUAUAGCUUGGAACUCGAAUGGUUCACUCUUGAUUUCUGGAUCAGAUGAUACUAGGAUGAACAUAUGGAGCUAUGUUGGUCGAAAGCUCCUGCUUUCCAUUGAUACUGGGCAUUCGGCAAACAUAUUUUGUACCAAAUUUAUUCCUGAGACAUCGGAUGAGCUUGUAGUUUCUGGGGCGGGAGAUGCAGAAGUUAGGCUAUUCAACUUGUCUCGAUCAGGUGGGAGAGGUCCUGAUGAUACUGGAAUUGUUCCUUCAGCACUCUACCAGUGUCACACUAGAAGAGUAAAAAAAUUAGCUGUUGAAAUUGGGAACCCCAAUGUGGUGUGGAGUGCUAGUGAAGAUGGAACACUGAGACAGCAUGACUUUAGGGAGUGUGCUUCUUGUCCAGCAGCAGGAUCUUCUCAAGAAUGCCGCAACAUUUUGCUUGACUUGCGGUCUGGAGCUAAGAGGUCUCUUGCAGAUCCCCCAAAACAAGUUCUUGGUCUAAAGUCUUGCGACAUAAGCACCACUCGUCCUCAUUUGCUACUUGUUGGUGGGAGUGAUGCUUUUGCCCGUUUAUAUGAUAGAAGGAUGCUGCCUCCUCCGACUUCUUGUCAGAAAAGGACGUUGCCACCUCCUUGUGUGAACUAUUUCUGUCCAAUGCAUCUCUCUGAACGGGGACGAUCAAGCCUGCAUCUAACCCAUGUUACAUUCAGUCCAAGUGGCGAUGAGGUGCUCAUCAGUUAUAGUGGAGAGCAUGUCUACUUAAUGAAUGUAAAUGAUGCUGGUGGUAGCCCCAUGCAAUAUAACACAGGAGAUGUUUCAAAAUUAAUGACAUUCACUCCUGUGCUGAAUGGUCUGGAACUGCAGUCGGUUUCCUCUGUAACAUCAGAGAGAAGUGAUCCCUACAAAAGAAAUGCUUCUCCCACGAUUGAUAUGUGCGUGAAGCUGGUUGAUAUUGCUGUGAAGUCUUUGAAGGAUGGAAACUAUUUCGAAGGAAUUGAGGCUUGCAAUGAAGCAGUGCAUGCUCAUGGACGUAAUAUUAGCCCAGUACUGCUGAUUGAAUGUCUUUGCACACGUGCAGCCUUAUUGCUCAAGCGGAAGUGGAACAAUGACGUUUACAUGGCUAUACGAGACUGCUAUGUUGCUCGCAGAAUCGAUAGCUCUUCUUUUAAAGCUCUCUACUACAUGUCUGAAGCUUUGUCACAGUUGGGGAAGCACAAGGAAGCUCUGGACUUUGCUGUUGCUGCUCAAAGUAUGGCCCCAUCUAAUAAUGAAGUGGCAGAAUGGGUGGAGACUAUGAAGAAGAAUAUUGCUGCAGAGGGUGAAGGUAAGGCAGCUGACGGGGCACCAAAGUCCGAACCUCGAAGUGGAAGAUCCUUGUCAUUGAGUGAAUUACUCUAUCGAUCUGAGGGUAACAGUGAUGCGUCACAAGACGGCCCAAGGCCAGAUAGAGAAGAUUCAGACUAUGACGAGGAGUUGGAGUUGGACUUUGAAACUUCAAUAUCAGGUGAUGAAGGACGGGAUGUUGAUCCCAACACUCUUCAUGGAAGCUUAAAUCUGAGAAUUCAUCGGAGAGGUGAUGAUUCAAGAGAAACAAGCUCUACAAAUGGAUCUUAUGGCUCGCCAUCUUCACAAAAUGACCAUGCACCUUAUCAGCCAGAACCAGCCGUUGACAUGAAGCAGAGAUUCAUUGGCCAUUGCAAUGUUGGAACAGACAUAAAACAGGCCAGUUUCCUGGGGCAAAGAGGCGAGUUUGUGGCUAGUGGAAGUGAUGAUGGUCGGUGGUUUAUCUGGGAAAAGAAAACUGGUAGAUUGAUGAAAAUGCUACAUGGUGAUGAAGCAGUUGUCAACUGUGUACAGUCCCAUCCAUCGGACUGUGUAGUGGCAACCAGUGGGAUUGAUAACACUAUAAAGAUUUGGACUCCAAGUGCCUCUGUUCCAUCAAUUGUUGCUGGGGGAGCAGCAGGACAUGAAAGUAAUAAUGUGGUGGAAGUCAUGGAAACCAACCAACGUAAAAUGUGCCACAAUCGUGAAGUUGUCCUGCCUUUUGAACUUCUGGAGAGGUUCAGGAUGCAUGACUUCACUGAAGGAACUCUGCACCCGUUCGAGUGUGCCCAGAGUUAGUCGGUGAGCGCUGAUCUCUAUCUGCAUCCACGUUUGUGAGGCUCGAAAAUUGUUGGUUAGGGCUUCGUGCGUGUUCUCCCAUGUCUCGUACUUUCUGUAUCUGGUUUUCUUAAGAUAGCUCUAAUCAUCCAAUGCAUUUUCCACAAGCUGCUAUUGAUGUUCUUCCUUUUCUUUCCUGCUAUUGUAGCAUCGUUGCCUUUGCUGAUUGAACUGCUGGGGGGUUAGUGGUUAAAUUCUUCAGUCUGGUUUGGAUGAGGUAGCUGCACGAGAGAACAUUUAUCGGUCGGGAGGUAGCUGUGAUUGUAUAAAGAAAUAAGGUAAAUAUUUGCUGUCGCCACUUAGUCGUGUAUGAGAAGAAAAAGAAGCAAGGAUUUGGAAUAAAUGAAAGACCUAAAGUCGGUCUAGUUAGGCAUGCAUCCAUAUGUGGUGAAGCUGUUUACCAGAGUCUAUUUUGGAAGACUCACUGUAACGGAAAAUGUGAAAUAUAUAAAAAGUGUUCACCUUGUUUCCUUUUGUUUUCUGCUUCCGUGGGGUAGGGUUUACUUGGGUAUGUAUACG